AUGAGGACAAUCAAUGGACCGGCACUUCUCGCCGACCUCGUUCUUCUUUAUGGAUUUGGGCUAUUCGGCGGUGUUAUCGUUCCACACCUCACGGGAACUCAUUUUCGAGGGUUCUUCUGCAAUGAUGAGUCCAUUCACUACGCCUACAAGGGAGACACAAUCACUCCGGCAGUCCUCAUGCUCUAUGUGUUUCUUGUCAUGAUAAUAGCGGUGGUGGCAACGGAAAUGUAUCGAGCUAGGAUAACUUCGCAGGGCUCACUUCCACGGUACAAACUUGGCAGCACUACCGUACACCCAACAGUAGUAGAAAUAGUUACUUAUAUAGGAUAUUCUCAGAUAGGCUUCGUU